UUGAUAAGAUAGUUGUGAUUUUUAGGGAGUUGAUAAAGAUUCUUAUAAUGGUAUAAAGAGCACUAUCUAGUAUCUAAUAAAUCAUUGUUAAUUAGCAAUGCAUAGUGCUAUAACUUUUUUAACGGUGAUCAGUGUCGCUCUUGCGGCGUCGGUGCCUGCGCCAGUGCAGCGUAUAGUCGGCGGCCGACCCACCACAGUCGACAAGUACCCGUUUGCUGGGAACAUCCAAAUCAACGAGUUCGGCAUAGUCUGGAACUCCGCAUGUGGGGGUUCCUUGAUCAGUGCCACCGCUGUAUUGUCCGCUGCUCAUUGCUUCAGUUUUCCAGCCAGGUCAUACGGCGUUCGACUUGGAAGUGCUUCUGCUAGCAGUGGAGGAACCGUCUACAAUGUGGCUUCAUACGUGCACCACCCUGACUGGACCUUUGUAGACGAAGGUGACGUGGCCAUAGUGAAACUUGCCACGCCCGUCAUAUUCAGUGACGUCAUAAGACCUGCUCGCAUCCCCGCCAGUGUUUACCCGAUAGCAGAUGGGACUGAGUUGACUGCGAUUGGUUGGGGUAUUUUGUAUUCUGGUGGUCCUGGACCGGAGAUCCUGCAAGAAGUCCAGAUGAACAAAGUUAACACGACGAUUUGCGCCGAACGCUACAGAACUCUAUUCGCUGAAACAACUCUUCAGAAACGAGAAGUCACCGAUAGAAUGUUAUGUGCUGGCGGCGACGGCGGCAAGGCUACUUGCAGUGGAGACUCGGGGGGUCCCAUCUUAAUAAAUGGCGAUAUUGUAGUUGGAAUCGUCUCCUGGGGACACCCUAAUUGCUUCGAGCCGACGUACCCUAGCGUCAACUCACUCGUCAGUGCCUAUAGUGACUGGAUUGUUGAAAAUGCAUCUUAGAUACUAAAAUUGUGAUUAUGUACGGUUUUUAUACUUAAUAAAUAUCUGAUAUGUAAUAAU